AUGCAUAAAACAAAAUAUGAUGAUGAUGAAGCCUCAUAAUCAGAAGAAGAUAGUGAAGAUGAUAAUCUUAGUAAUGAUGAAGAAGGUCAAGUACAUUUAAGUAGUGUAACAGGUUUAAAAUGUGGAGUAAAUAGAUUAAAAACAAUGAAUGGUUAAGCAAUAGCUGCUUAUUGGAAUGAAAAUGGAGAUGUUAAUAUCUUAGAUCUUAAUCCUUUAUAUAAAAAACUUUAAAUAAAUUAAUAAUCAUAAUUUAAUCUAUCCUAAUUGCAUCAUAAGAUAUUUAAAAAUUAAUAAGAAGGAUUUGCUUUAGAUUGGAGUCGUUUAAAAGUAGGAGAUUUAAUUAGCGGUUCAGUUGAUGGUAGAAUUUAUUUAUAUUAACUUAAUAAUAAUGAUUGGUUUAGAGAGAAUAAAGCAUAUGAAUAUCAUAAAGGAAGUGUUGAAGAUUUGCAAUUUUCUCCUAUUGAGAGUUUUGUGUUUGCUUCAUGUUCAACUGAUGGAUCUUUAUGCAUUGUUGAUACAAGAGAAGGAAAACAUAAAUAAGCUUAAAUUCUUAUUAAAGCACAUAAUUGUGAUGUUAAUGUCAUCUCCUGGAAUCAAGUAUCAGCAACUCUUGUAGCAACAGGAGCAGAUGAUGGAUGCUUUAAAAUUUGGGAUUUGAAAUAUCCUAAAAAUGAUGCUAUAUCUGAAAUCCAAUUUCAUAACAAAGCAAUUACUUCUAUUUAAUUUUAACCUAACAGUGAUUCUAGCAUAGCUGUUUCAUCUGAAGAUCAUAAACUCUCUAUUUGGGAUUUUGCAGUUGAAAAUGAAAAUAAUAAUGAAGAAGAUGUUCCCGAUCAAUUAAUGUUUGUACAUCAAGGAUAAAAGGAUCUUAAAGAAUUAAAGUAUCAUCCUAUCUAUUAUGAAAUGAUUGUAAGUACUUCUGCUAAUGGAUUUAAUGUAUUUAAACCAACUCUUGAUGAAGAAGAAAAGAAAUCUGAAUAAUCUGAAGAAGAUUAAGCCCAAAUUCCUGUAAUCAAAGAAGAAGAUCUAAAUAAAUAUUUUUAAUAGAUGUCAAUAUAAUGA